AUGCCAUCUACACAACCCACUGGAACUUCUAUAUCUGCUCCAGUUGCAAUAGAUAAUAGAUACUAUACGGAUCUUGUGUCAAAGGACUUACCCCCAACACUAAUAAUAGAAGAGGCGCAAACUACAAAUAGUAAUAGUGCGGUAGAGCAAAGCCACCAACAAAACCCCCAACACGAUGAGCAAAGAAAAUUGUUGCACAGAACCGGUAAAACUGGUGAAAAUUUUAACACUGUUGGUAGUGGGUCGCUUUCUUCAAACGAAGAUUUCGAACAAUUUCACCCUGCUAGCGAUAUUCUUGAAAUUGAUAGUUCUUUAAUAGGAUCGGAGAUUGACGAACAAUUAUUACAGGUGGAGCAACUCGGUCCCACAAUUUUAUGUGACUCGCCUGUUCCCUUAGAAUUACCAGUGUAUUCACCUCCUGACGGGGAUGCCUUGAGCGAAGCUAUAAUGGCCAUUAAAGCUGAUACUCGAGAAAAUUCUCAGAUAUCCCAAAAGCAGCAAGAAGCUUCUGCGAAACAACGACCGCCUACGCAUAAGAAUUCAAACCAUCAACAAAAACAGCCACAAAAAAUACAAUCAACCAAUUCGAAUAGUUCUCCCGCACCAGUUAUUACAACCUCCGACCCUAAUGGUGAAAAUAUAGCAAAUAAUCAUAUGGCGAACAAUCAACACGUAAAAGUGAAACCUAAAAAAAUUUUGGGUAAUUAUACGCUAACAAAAACUUUGGGUGCGGGUAGCAUGGGAAAAGUGAAACUCGCUGUUCAUUCUUUGACUAAUGAAAAGUUAGCUGUAAAAAUAAUUCCACGGAUAGUUCCAUCUGAUAAAGAGACAAAAGAUAAAGAUCCAUCAGCAAAGGAAGACAAUAAAGAAACUCGUACAAUACGGGAAGCGGCGAUAAUGCUUCUAUUACAUCAUCCAUAUAUUGUACAGUUAAAAGAAGUAAUGGUGUUACCAGACUACUAUUAUAUGUUUUUUGAGUAUGUGAAUGGUGGUCAAAUGUUAGAUUAUAUUAUCAGUCAUGGCAAACUAAAAGAAAAACACGCAAGAAAAUUUGCCAGACAAAUUGCAAGCGCAUUGGAUUUAAAAAUAGAAAAUAUUCUUAUUUCUAAAAACGGCUCAAUCAAAAUUAUUGAUUUUGGACUAUCGAAUUUAUACUCGCCGCGAGGACAUCUUUCCACAUUUUGUGGUUCAUUAUAUUUUGCGGCGCCUGAACUAUUAAAUGCUAAAUUAUAUACGGGUCCCGAAGUGGACGUUUGGAGCUUUGGAAUUGUUCUUUAUGUACUUGUUUGUGGCAAAGUUCCCUUUGAUGACCAAAGUAUGCCCGCAUUACAUGCGAAGAUCAAAAGAGGAGUUGUCGAAUAUCCCGGUUGGCUAAGUAGCGAUUGUAAGCAUUUACUUUCACGAAUGUUGGUAACAAAUCCCGCUCAUCGUGCAUCGCUUGCUGAAGUCAUGAAUCAUCAAUGGAUGAAUAAAGGCUAUGAUGAACCACCAGCAAAUGAUUUGCCUCAACGUUAUCCGCUAACCCUUCCUCUUGAUCCUGAAGUAAUUCGUGGAAUGACUGGUUUUGAAUUUGGCACCGAGCAAGAAAUUAGAUCGAAACUUGAAGCCAUAAUCAAAAGCGAUUCCUAUCAAAAUUCAAUAAGAGUGCAUCAAUAUAAUCAAGCUACUAGCAGCAAUAAUAGCAAUAGUCAAGAACUUAAGAAAAAAUCUAGCGGUUUUGACUUUUAUCGCAAAAAACUAGCAGGGACCAGUAGUAAUACACUUCAAGACGAUAAGGCGAUCACAGCGGAUCCUAAUCAGGCUGUUCAUCCGUUAAUAUCAAUUUAUUAUUUAGUUAAAGAAAAAAUGGAAAGAGAUCAUCAAAUUCAACUUGGACUCACCCCGAAAUUUGGAUCCUCCUCUUCGUCACUUGAAGCAGGUACGAUGCAUAUACCACAUAUUCCUGUUCCUGAUCCGUCACAUUCUGGAAAUGUUAACGGUUAUGAUUCAACUAUUCGGGGAACUGGAAUUUCAAAUCCUAAUUCACCUAUGGUAAGACGUGCAACUGUUCCCUCUGGAACAAGACCACGUUCAAGGACAAAUGGUGAGAGCGAACUAAAUAAUAUGGUUAGUGUUCCUCCUGCUGUCGAUGAGACAGAAAUUCCUGAAGAAGAUGAAACUAGUGGCGAAUUAAAUUACGGAAAAAAAAGUAAUGAACAUUCUAAUAAUAGUAAUUCUGGGGGUGGAUUAAUAAGACGUUUAAGUAUAGCUAUUGGCAAUCAAGUGCGUGAGACAUUACCAUCACCAACAUCUGGGUCAUCAUCCCCUAGAAAUAGUGAACAUCGACGACAUGGAUCUUCUCCAAAACGUGAAGGUUCUAGCCAUUUGUCUACACGUAUUACAAAUAUGUUAUCUAGGGCGACUUCAGUAUCUGAAGCUGAGUAUCGUCGUCAUCGAUCAAGAAACUCUAUUGGUGGGAAUCGACUUGGUGGUGCUCUAAAGAUACCGGGAUCCAAGGCGCCAGUUGGAGCAUUACCACAAGUUGAUACCACUCCCCUUAUUACAUCACCAACAUCUCCUAAUCGAUCUUCUUUUCAUCAAGCUGCAUCAUCUUCAUCUUCUUCAAGUCGUAAUUAUCAUCAACGCAGCACUUCCACUAGUGGUGCUAUCAUGAUGAAAACUGUAACGGGGAAUAGCAAAUCAUCAAAAGAACCAAAAACAAAUGAUAAUGACUUUAAUUUUCCACCUUCUUCUUCGCCACAUUCACCUUUACCCGGCGGAAAGGCAGAUUCUUAUAUAAGACCCGUUUUUCUCAAAGGUCUCUUUAGCGUGGCCACAACUUCUACAAAACCACCAUCAACUAUCCGCCAAGACCUUAUUCGGGUCUUAGAACGAAUUGGUGUAAAAUGGCGAGAAGGACGUGGGGGAUUCGAAUCAGGUUUAACUAAUCAUCACCAUGCUCAUUUUAGUCGAAAUGAUCGUAGAAGCAGUGUCUCUUCUGCACAUUCUGGCGGAUCUACAACACCAUCAUUAUACAAGGAUAGCUAUAUACAAGGUCAAGAUUUGGAAUUUUCAUCAGAUGGAGAAGUUCGGUUGUCAUUAUCUACUAGUAAUGAAGAUCGAGACCAAGCCAUUAUCAGCAGUAAUUACAAUAAAGGACAAGGAACAGCAAAUGUUACUGAUCUUGUGGUACGUUUUGAAAUAUUUAUAGUUAAAGUUCCAUUAUUACUUGGGGUACAUGGGUUACAAUUCCGACGGGUAGCCGGUGAUCCGUGGCAAUACAAAAAUAUGUGUUCAAAAAUUCUAGGGGAGUUGAAAUUGUAA